UGCAAUCUCUUCCAAAUUCUGCUUCAUGUUCUUCAUUUUCCGCCAAAUGAAUGAGUAAAACUCUCAUUUCUCUUCAAACCCAAUUCUUAUAACCAAAAUUUUCCAUAAAUUAUAAACAAAACAACAAUCAAAAUGCCAAUCUCAUCAAUUUCUCCACUAACCCAAUGCUAUUCCCCUUCACCACUUCUCAAAACCAAAUCCUCAACCCCAACCGCCAUUUCCUUAAAAACCAGCUUCCUUUCACCCAAUACCAAGUACCCAAUUCACUCCUUAACCCAAAAGACAAGUUCUUUCACCAAUGGGACCAAAAGAUUUGGCCUCUCCAUUGUGGCGAUGAGCAUGGAAGCUGGCGUUGGAAUAAUGGGCACUAAGCUUGGGAUGAUGAGUUACUUUGAGAGCAAUGGGAUUGUUGUUCCGGUUACUGUAGUUGGUUUUCGAGAAGGGAAUAUUGUGACUCAGAUUAAGACUCAAGCUACUGAUGAGUAUGACUCUGUUCAAGUUGGUUAUAGGAGGGUUAGGGAUAAGAAGCUGACCAAGCCUGAGUUGGGUCAUUUGGAGAAGGCUGGUGUUAUUCCUAUGAGGCAUUUGCAGGAGUUUAGAUUGCAGAGUCUCGAUGGGUUUGAAGUUGGGCAAAAGUUGGUUCUUGAGGAGCUUUUUAAAGAAGGGGACUUUGUUGAUGUUUCUGGGACUACUAUUGGCAAAGGGUUUCAAGGUGGAAUUAAGCGACAUAAUUUCAAGAGGGGGCAAAUGACCCACGGUUCCAAGAGUCACAGAGCUUUGGGGUCGAUUGGUGCUGGAACUACUCCAGGACGUGUAUACAAGGGGAAGAAGAUGCCUGGUAGGAUGGGUGGAACCAAAACCAAGAUCAGAAAGCUAAGGAUUGUUAAAAUUGACACUGAUCUUCGUGUUGUUAUGAUCAAAGGUGCUCUCCCUGGUAAGCCAGGAAAUCUUCUACGAAUUGCACCGGCUAAGAUUGUUGGGAAAAACAUUCCAAAGAACUAGCUCUUUUGUACUUGUUUUGUUUUGUGUAGCAAUUCUUGCCAAUGCCUCAAAAUUCUAUUCAACUUCAGAAAUUAGUUAUAUGUUCAGUUUUAUUAACAUCA